UGAUGGUCAUUCGGGUUAUAAUUGUUGAUGAUAAGUCAUUCCAAUAUUAUGUUACUUAUUUUAUCUUUCAAGAUUCUUAGUUUCUAGUAAAAAUAUGUAUUAAUUGUCCAUCAAAAUGAAAAUUAAUGAGAAGAAUCUUGCAGCUUUUGCAACAUCUCCUUCUGGUAUAGACAAGGAAGGUUGGCUUGUUAAAAGAGGUGAAGUUAAUAAAGCUUUUCAAAAGCGGUAUUUUGUUUUAAAAGGAAACCUAUUAUUCUACUUUGAGAAGAGGUCAGAUAAAGAACCCAUUGGUGUUAUUAUCUUAGAAGGGUGUACAAUAGAGUUGGCUGAAGAUGAAGGUCAAUUUGGUUUCAAAAUCGUAUUUCAUGGUCAAGGAAACAGAACCUACAUCCUUGAAGCUGAAUCUCAAGACUCUAUGGAACAGUGGAUGAAAGCAUUAGCUUGUGCCAGUUUUGAUUAUAUCAAGCUAAUGGUUACUGAAUUACAAAGGCAGCUUGAUGAUAUGGAAGUAAAUGUUCCUCUUCCAAAUGAUGAUGCAAAUACUAAUGGACCACCUGUAGCUCCUCCAAGGGUUCGUCAUAACCCAUUUAAUCGCAAUCCACCAGCCUCUCACAACCGCUCACAUAGCAUUCGAUCUGCCCCAGGCAGGACAGACCAUGAUGGUCAGCGACAACAUAAAGUCUCAUUUCGGGAAUUACAUAACCAUUUUGGAAGACCCAUAUUGCACGACUUAUCUGAAUGGAGGCACAGGCAGCGACAAUUGCAACAGCCUUUAAUUCUACUUUGAGCCUAAUUUUAUUUUUCAUAAUUAAUGAGCUUUUAAGAAAAUGCUGUUUUUUAUGUUAUAACAUUUAUUAAACCAAAUCUUGUUCCUUUUUUUCCCCCCUUUUUUUA